AUGGAUUCGUCCAGGAUAGGACUGGACUUCAUCGUCGAGAACCCCGAUUAUAUUCGAAAGUUAGCGGCAGCCUUGGAUACACAAAAUGCUACUGUUAAGAAACAAGUAUUCGAAUUGCUGUCAGCUCUGUGCGUCCACAACGAAGAUGGCCGAGCAAGGGCACUUGAUACAUUAGAUCAUUUUAAGAAAUUAAAAAAUGAGAGAUAUAGACUGAGCGUGAUAGUUCACGAACUUGACCGAGCCACCGCUGUGGACUAUCAAACUGCCUUGGUGGCCUUUAUCAACUGUCUGAUCAUUUCAACACCCCGGCUCAACGACAGAACGAGGCUACGAAACGAAUUUAUAGGAUGUCAUCUACUUCCGGUGCUGAACAAUCUCAGGAAAUGUGCCGAGGCGGAACCAGAACUAGCUGUCCAGUUGGACGUUUUCGAUGAGCAACGAGAAAGUGACGACGCUCAAAGUCUCCAGGGACCACAUGGGGUAGAUCUCAAUUCGCCUUUGGACGUUUUUUACGCAAUUCUCAAACAGGUAGCUGAAACACCUCAAGAAAUUCCUUUUCUUAGUAUUCUUCAGCACCUGUUGCGUAUCGAUCCUAAAGAACCGAUUAGCGACAUCAUAUGGGACACUGCAGAACGACUUGUACAUCGCGCCACUCUACUAGAAAAUCGUGAAGACUCAGCAAGGCUUCUGAGAGCUCCCAGUACGCAAUCGAAGUUCUUCUGUCACUGCCAACACCGGAUCGAAAGUCCCAGUAGGAAGCAAUCACUGAGUACUCCUUUGAGUCCAACACCGCCCUCUACAAUUGGACCACCGCCACCACCUCCAUUAGGACCCGCACUACCUCCACCACCACCUCCACCGCCCAUAAUACCGCCACCUCCGUGUAUACCACCUCCCGCUCCCGUUCCCCCACCUCAUCAAUUAAAAACCAAAACUCCAGCUGCCUCACAAACUGAAACUGAUGCUGUGAUAGAAAAAUUACCCCAACAAGAAAUACCCGCACCAAAAACGAAGAUGAAGACCAUUAAUUGGAACAAGAUACCAAACAAUAAAGUAGUAGGAAAAAAGAAUAUUUGGACACAAGUAGCGUACUCACAUCAACACUCCCCCAUGGCUGAUAUGGACUGGUCAGAAAUGGAAGGUUUAUUUUGUCAACAAGCCCCACCAUCAGCACAUUCAUCUCCAAAGUUAGGACAUAGAGACUCAUCUGAUAAUUUGGAACGAAGAAUGCGCAAGGAUACGACAGAGAUCACCCUUUUGGACGGAAAGAGGAGCUUAAAUGUUAAUAUAUUCCUUAAGCAGUUUAGAAGUUCCAAUGAAGAUAUAAUUCAAUUAAUAAAAAAUGGCGAACACGAUGAAAUUGGUACCGAAAAGCUAAAAGGGUUGUUGAAACUAUUACCGGAAGUAGAUGAAUUAGACAUGUUAAAGUCGUUUAAUGGAGAUUUUAACAAAUUAGGAAAUGCAGAAAAGUUUUUAAUUCAAUUAACUAAUCUUUCAAAUUACAAGUUGCGAAUAGAAAGUAUGUUACUGAAAGAGGAGUUCGCGUCGAAUAUGGGAUACUUGCAACCUAGCAUCAACUCAAUGAUAAGCGCCGCACAAGACUUAAUGACGAACAAACCCUUACAAGAAGUUCUGUAUAUGGUACUCAUAUCCGGAAAUUUCCUGAACUCGGGAGGUUAUGCUGGUGGUGCUGCUGGAGUGAAAUUGACUUCAUUGCAAAAAAUAACUGAUAUUAGAGCUAACAAACCAAAUAUGAAUCUCAUACAUUUUGUUGCAUUGCAAGCAGAAAAGAAAAACAAAAAAUUGCUUUCCUUUACAGACAACACUAAUGUAUUAGAAGAUGCUGCUAAGACAACUGUCGAACAACUUCACAACGAAAUAAAUGCGUUAGAUGUAAGAAUAAAGAAAAUCAGAAAACAGAUCGAAACGCCUACCACGGAAGCAGAGAUUAAGGCUCAAAUGACCGAGUUUUUGCAGAUGGCAGAAAUAGAAGUUGCAAGCCUUCAAAUAAACUUAGGAGAAUUAGAACAUGUACGAAAAGAACUAUCUGACUUCUUUUGCGAAGACGUCAAUUCAUUUAAGUUAGAAGAAUGUUUUAGGAUAUUUCACGGAUUCUAUUGUAAAUUUAAACAAGCUGUUAUUGAAAACGAGAGAAGAAGAAUUCAGGAAGAACAAGCCAACGAAAGGAGACGCCAACGUGAAGAACUGUUGGCAGCAAAGCGAAGGCAAAUGGGAAAUCUUAUGGGAACACCAGAUGCAGAUUUUAGUAUAGAUAUGCAAAUAUACGACACUCGAUCAUCAUUCCGAAUGAGUAAAGGACGUAAGAAUGGUUCUGAGGACGAAAACUCUAUAUCAGGAUCUCCAUCUUUGUCAAGACGUAGACUAGGUUCAUUCAAUGGAAACGGUGAUACUGUCGUUGGAGGUAAAGAAGAAAAAUCCCCAGAUAUUACUCCUAACGGUAGUUUAAGACGGAGAAGAAGCAGAGUUUUAUCUGAAGAUGAUGAAGGCAAUCUUAUGGAUUUUCUAAGAGCGUCUGGCGGUGAUAACAAUAGGGAAAGAAAAUCUUGGGGUAGUUUAGAUCGUUCUUGGGCAAGGAAAGCAAGGGGUAGUGGACCGAGGAAGAGGCCGGCUCUUCUAUCAGCAGAUUUCUCUAGUGACCGAGAAAGACCAUCAUCACCUUCGCCUUUAACAGAACAAAAGUCAAUAGUUUCCGCACCAGAAGAAGAGACAAAACCAAAGGAAUGGAGGCAGAAAAUAGAGUCUUGGUUGCAAGCAAACGAAAAUGAUCAACUGAGUGAUGAACAAAGAAGGGCUAGACGAUUAGCUAACAGAAGAUCAUUGGAAAUGGAUUCAGAGAGCGAAAGAAGUAGUACUUUGGAUACUCUUCCCGAAGGCAAACAAGUUUAUAGUGGUGGUCAAUCUAAUUAUAGGAAAGUCAACCCAGCGUGGCAGCCUUCUAGUACCAUUGAAAAUACUGAUGUUGUUAGUGCAAUGGAAGCUGUUGAAGAGGUUCAGCCACAAAUAAAAGACAAAUCAGCUUGGCGCAAGUCAACUUUAAAUGUCGCCAACAGCACAGAAGCUACAAAAGAUGACCCUUACGUAAAUCGUAAUACUCUUCCGAGAGAUAAUUCACUACAUUCCAUAGACGAAGAUAAGACGAUUGACCGGAAGGGACUGAUUAGUUCUCUUGGAGAGCGCAUGCCGACUGAUAGACUUACUUUAUAUAUUAGAAAACCUGUUUCGGAACCUUCGUUCAUAUCUCCAACACCACCCACGUUUAACUCUAACUCUCGUCGUACCAAUGAUUCUCAAUUAAAUAGUCCAGAUGGUGUUUCAAAUAAUAACAAAUUAGAAAUAGAUCAAGACAAUAUCGAAACACCACCAGCAACUAGAAGAAUAUUUGUACCAACACCCGUUGAUAAGAGGGAGCCGGUCAUGCCUGGACCUUGUAGCAGAAGAACUGGAAGAAGUAGCAGCUCUUUGAUUUCAAUGAUUAGUCCAGAUGAGCCCGAGGAUGGAUCGGUGCUAGGCGACGGACAAUUUGAUAGGUACUCUGCUACAAGAAGAACUAGACGAUAUAAACGUAAUCAAGAAAACCCAGAAAUUACAACUACUUCUCCGACUGAAACUGUUGCUACAGAAACACAAAUUUUGAAGUCACCUUCUCAAAUAGAAGUAUCCCAGCCUGUGGUAGAACCAGAGUUAGAUAAAGAAUCAAGGUUAAAGGUGUGGCAGGAAAAACUCAAAAGUCAAAAUGACCAUGAAACAAGAAAUGGAAGACGAUGGAGAAAUCAAACAGGUGUCAAUCCAAGCGAUGUGGAAAUUGCUCUUAAGUUAAAUAAAGGGAACUCGAAUAUAUCAACCACAUACCUUGCGCCUGAAACGACAAAGGCGACAUCUAAUAAAAUCGAUAUUCCCUCCCGUAAAACCAAAGAACACGACAAUGAUGAGGGAUUCGAAGAGACCCAGAGCCUUAUGUCAGAGUCGCCGAGUCAAGGCGCAUCAUCUGGUGGCGGCAACUAUGACACGGACAUUAUAGACACCGCACAAAUAGUAGUAGCUAAUUUCACGAAACCGAAAUCUAUUCGACAGAUGUCUCUAGAUAAUAAAACUGAGAACGCAAAUGUCAACAGUGAAGUUACGCAAUCAAAUUAUAGGAAUCCUGUAAGAACGUCUAGGUUACAAUCGCUACCUAUAUCUAAAACUCCCAAGAGUCUCAUUAGUCAACGGAAACAGAGUCAGGAUAGUGCACUUAACAAAAAGAGUAUUAUUCCUAGAAGAUCCGAAAGUCUUAAACCAGACUUAAAAUCUGCUACAAAUUCGACAAAGUCAUAUGGUAUACAAAAGUCAAAUUCCAGGAACUCUAUCGUUAGUUCCCGAAGUUCCCUGAACAGUGCCACCUCUACUAGCACCGUCAAAAAGUUACCUCUUAAACCAAAUACUAGUAGUAAUGUUUCUCGUCCAAUCCAGAGAAUACCUAGCAACAAGACAAUAUCUUCCCCGUCCAAGGUUAAUCUAAAACGGACCAACUCCAACGGCAAUAACGCCGGAAAUAGGCCACCGCGACCAUUGGCCAUGAGCUUUAUGAAACCAACGGCAUCUAGUGCUACAAAAAGUAAUCAAGGACUUGUGACUAGUAGGCUUGGUUCAUUUAGAUCGAAAAAUUAA